UGAAAGUGAGACUCUCUCUGUUUAGGUGUGAAGAAAGAGCCAUGACAAUCCAGUGGGCGGCGGUUGCCAGCUUCCUCUAUGCUGAAAUAGGACUCAUUUUAAUCUUCUGUCUGCCCUUUAUUCCUCCUCAGAGAUGGCAGAGGAUUUUCUCAUUUAGUGUCUGGGGUAAAAUUGCAAGUUUUUGGAACAAAGCUUUUCUUACUAUUAUAAUCCUAUUAAUCGUUCUAUUUUUAGAUGCUGUGAGAGAAGUAAGGAAGUACUCCUCCACUCAAGUCACUGAGAAGAACUCAGCCGGCAGGCCUGGUGCCUAUGAGCACACACAGAUGAAGCUCUUUAGGUCCCAAAGAAAUCUUUAUAUUUCUGGAUUCUCUUUAUUUUUUUGGCUAGUGUUGAGACGUCUGGUCACGCUUAUUACUCAGCUGGCAAAAGAAAUAACAAACAAAGGAGUGCUUAAAACUCAAGCAGAAAAUACUAGUAAGGCUGCCAAGAAAUUCAUGGAAGAGAAUGAAAAACUAAAAUUGGUACUAAAAAACCAUGGCAAAGAUGAAGAAAACAUUUUGGAAACUGAAAAUAAAAAACUAGUAGAAGACCAGGAAAAAUUGAAAACUGAAUUGAAGAAGGCUUCGGAUGCCCUUUUUAAGGCACAAAACGAUGUGAUGACUAUGAAGAUACAGUCAGAGAGACUUUCAAAAGAAUAUGAUCGACUCCUGAAAGAACACUCAGAACUUCAGUUGUCAACCACCAGCUUGAAUUUAUUUCCCAGCCACUCUUUUUUGAGGGGUACCAGAGAUCAAAUCCAAGGCCUAGUAAAUGAUAGAACCGUUUAGAAAAAGACAAUAAGAAAGGCCUGUGAAUUAACUUCGUAAAAGAAGAUUGUGAUACACCUUGUCAAGAAAAUAAAUUUGUUAUCAUGGUAGUCACUAAAACUUUCAAAAUUCAGCCAAAAAAAAAGCUCUGCUAGCAGCCACAGGUGCACAUAGGCUAUAUAGUACUGAUGUUACCAAUCUUUUGAAAAAAUAUAAGCAUGUUAAAUGCCAUAUUUACAUAUUGCUAAUAGCAUUUGUAUAUGGUGGUUCUUUACCCAUAAAAGGAAACAUUCAUUAGCCAUUUACUUCCCAAAAUGGAUCUGAAGUUGCAUGAAACCAUUAUUAGCCUUGAAAGCUUUGAUGGGUUUUCAGUAAUAAUCAGUGGUGGUGGUGAAAUGAUGUUUGAAAGUAGUACUCAGUCAGAAAAUUUGUUCACAGGGAAAUAAGGAGAAGUAACCACAUAGCCACUAUGUUUAUAGAAGAGAGUCAGAGAGAACAAUGAAAACAAUGGCCUUAGGGUUUCUUAAGCCUGGUGAGUCUACGAUUUACUGUACAUACAACAGCACUGUUGUGAGCUGUGUUUUUGUCACUGUGCUUCUAUACACAUUAGACUGUUUUUAUUGAUACAUGUUUAGUCAUAUAAUCAAUAUUCUACCUUUUUAAGUUCAUCUCGUAACGGAAUUUUUGUCCAUUAGUGUAACUGUCAUAACAUUGAACUGAACUUAUGUUGCGUUGUGGAAUUAUCCACUUACAAAGCUCAUUUAUGACAUCCAAAAAGCCGUGUAUUUUAUGCUUGUGAAAGUUACUGAUUAUAUAGGUAUUACCUCAGUAUACAUGCACUGGUAUCAUACAGAUCUCUCUACAAUGUUCUAUGUUUUCAAAGUUAAAUGCUGGUUUUCUUGCAAAUAUUCAUGUAGAGGUAGUAAUUACAGUAAUAUGAUAUAGAUUAUUUCAGUGUUUAACUAUGAAAAGCCACUUGUCUUAAAAUGACAAAUAUAAAAAAUAAAAUAAUAAUUAGAGUUUUUA